AUGAAUAUCCGGUGCGCCACACCUGAAGAUUUGAUGAACAUGCAACACUGCAAUUUGCUGUGUUUACCUGAAAAUUACCAAAUGAAAUAUUAUUUCUAUCAUGGCCUUUCAUGGCCUCAGUUAUCAUAUGUUGCUGAAGAUGAAAAUGGAAAAAUUGUUGGCUAUGUUUUAGCCAAGAUUGACAGAGGUUCUUCUAUUUACAGGGAGGAAGACCCCGAGGACUCAGUUCCCCAUGGACACAUCACGUCAUUGGCAGUAAAAAGGUCAUACAGACGUUUGGGUUUGGCUCAAAAAUUGAUGGAUCAGGCCUCUCGGGCAAUGGUUGAGUGUUUCAAUGCCAAAUAUGUGAGUCUCCAUGUCAGGAAAAGUAACCGAGCUGCCCUUCAUCUCUACACAAAUACAUUAAAAUUCUCGAUCAGUGAAGUGGAACCCAAAUAUUAUGCUGAUGGAGAAGAUGCCUAUGCUAUGCGAAGGGACUUGUCAGAAUUCAUCGAUAAGGAUCACCCACGAUUAAUAAGGUUUAUCAAAACUUGUACGGAAGCACCUUCAUCAGCUGCAUGGCUAUUUUUACCAUCCUGUAUGAAAUUCAUUGAAGAACUGACAAAAAAUGUACAGUUUCCAAGAGGCUAUCAACUUGCAGAGUCGUUUUUUAAAUAUGUGCUUUUAUUAAAUCCACCAACUUGUUAUUUGUUCUUUUUUCAUCUUCUUUUUCUUCUCUUAUUCUUCCUCCUCUUCUUCCCCCUUCUUCCUCCUCCUCUCCCCUUCUUCCUCUUCUUUUCCCUUCUUCCUCCUCUUCUUUCCCCCCCUUCUUCCUCCUCCUCCUCUUUCCCCUUCUUCCUCCUCCUCCUCUUUCCCCUUCUUCCUCCUCCUCCUCUUUCCCCUUCUUCCUCCUCUUCUUUUUCCCCUUCUUCCUCCACUUCUUUUCCCCCUUCUUCCUCCUCUUCUUUUCCCCUUCUUCCUCCUCUUCUUUUCCUCCCUUCUUCUUCCUCCUCUUCUUUUCACCCCUUCUUCCUCCUCUUCUUUUUCACCCCUUCUUCCUCCUCUUCUUUUUCACCCCUUCUUCCUCCUCUUCUUUUUCACCCCUUCUUCCUCCUCUUCUUUUUUCACCCUUCUUCCUCCUCUUCUUUUCACCUUCUUCCUCCUCUUCUUUUUUUUCACCCCUUCUUCCUCCUCUUCUUUUUCACCCCUUCUUCCUCCUCUUCUUUUCACCCCUUCUUUCUCCUCUUCUUUUCACCUUCUUCCUCCUCCUCUUCUUUUCCCCCUUCUUCCUCCUCCUCUUCUUUUCCCCCUUCUUCCUCCUCCUCUUCUUCUUCUUCUUCUUCAUCUUUAUUUCCACUUCUUUUUAGGGUGGUAGAACCUGUUAUAGUCACAGCUGUGGGCAAAUAUUGA